UCAAAAAAACGUCAAAGUACCUAUCAAAACAAAUUGGUUUGUUUUACUUGAAAUUAUUUUCUAAUUUAUCUCAGAAAAUAGCCAUAAAAUGGGUUUAUUUGGUAAAUCCCCGGAGAGGAAUCCUAAGGAAAUGGUAAAUGAGUGGUCCCACAAACUUCGAAAAGAAGGAUACAAUUUGGAUAGACAAAUUCGUAGUAUACAGCGAGAAGAAGAAAAAAUAAAAAAGUCACUGAAAGAAGCUGCAGGAAAGAAUGAUAAACAAGUGUGCACAAUACUAGCAAAGGAAAUCAUAAGGUCUCGUAAGGCGAUCAGUAAAAUAUACACAAGCAAAGCACAUCUCAACUCUGUUCAGAUGCAAAUGAAGAACCAACUAGCCACAUUGCGGGUAGCUGGGUCAUUACAAAAAUCUACAGAGGUCAUGCAAGCCAUGCAAGCGCUCAUCAGGCUGCCAGAGAUAGCGCACACUAUGCAAGAGCUGAGCAAGGAGAUGAUGCGUGCCGGCAUCAUCGAGGAAAUGUUGGACGAAACCAUGUCCUCCAUGGAGGACGAGGAGGAGGUGGAGGAGGCGGCGCAGGCGGAGCUUGACAAGGUCCUCUGGGAAUUAACCCAGGGCAAGUUAGGCGAAGCACCCGCUCCGCCAACGGCCGUCGGCGCGCCCUCCACCAGCAAAGAGGAAGAGGUUCCCGAGCCGGAUGAAAGCGAGCUCGACGAGAUGCAGUCUAGGCUGGAAGCGCUGCGGUCUUAGAGCGGACACUUGUAAGAAGGUUGAACCAGCGCAUGAGUCGAGUAACAAACGCCUUUAUGUAAAUAUUAAUUAUUGUUGUAACGAUUAAGUUCGCGCUAAUGAAGUGGUGAUCGUUUUUGAGAUUUGCGCAUCUUCGAGCUUAAUGUUGUUUAAUUUCUAUAUAUUUAUGUUUCAUUUACUUGCUGUGCAACUGAUCUGUCUAAAAAUAUAAUUUAUGGGAAUAAUUGGAGUACCUUUACAAUGCUCUCAGUUGAAAUACUGCUUCGUAGAUUUUUAUAGAUAUGCAAAUACUUGAAUUUUAUUUAUAUAACGUCACAUUGUGUACGUUACGCAAAUGCAAUCGCAAACUAACUAAAAAAAGCGUAUUGAACAAUUAUCAGUAUUUAAAUGUAUUUUUUUACAUAUUAUUAUUCGGUAUUGUGAAAUCGCAAAUGGUGUUUAAAACUAAUUAAAAAUAGCAACAUUUGAUUCUAUUGUUAUGUAACCUAAUUGGCUCCUUGUAAUUAAUGUUAUACUGGUCGAUU